UUACCAAUAAAUUGAACACAACGCGUGGAAUCUAUUAUAGCAUGGAAAGAUAUGAUUGCAGACAGGUAGACUAUCACUCACUGCCGAUGGAACUGCUUCAGGUGGUAGUUCUUAUGAGCGCACUUUGGACAGUAGUUGAAGGUAUCCAGUGCUGGCAUUGUAUCGCUGAAGACUGCGCUGCAGACCCAAGUGCUAACUACAAGGCCACCAAGAAAGCAUGCAAAUCUGGACAGUCAUGUCAGAAAGUGUACUUCGAAAUGUUAGACGUAACAGACAACGGCAACUUUAUACACACAUCGACAGUGCGAGGCUGUUCUAGUGAAUGUAAGUCACGUGACGAUUUUAUCAAUUGCACGGAGCUUCAACGAAAUUCACGUGGAUGUGUUCGGAAGGAUUGUUGUAGUGACACUGACCUUUGUAAUAGUUCAAAUGAUGUGAAUAUGGGUGUGCCAUUGGUUUUGAUCGUACUUGCUUGUGUAAUAGUGCGAACAUAAUAAAUAUUGGUGUGUGAUUAUCUGUGACCGCAACAGUGCAAAUAGUAAUGGUGUGGCAUUGCCUGUUAACAUGAUCAUUUGUGUAGAAGUGCAAUCAUUGUGAAGACGGGUUUUCCAUUGCUUUGAUCAUACAAACAAUGUUGUUAAGAGUAUGCCUUUUUAUUCAUAACGUAUUGUGUCAUUGACUAGUUAUCCUUAUGGUUUGUAAAACCUAACAUAUUUUUUGAAAACAGGAAAAUUCUCUCUUUUGCACAUCACCUUCGUUCCUUGUGUCAUAAACAACGUGUUGAGAUAAGUAAAGCGUUGUCUGUGAUGAUUCUAUUUACAGUACACACAUUGUAUCAAGUGCUGCUUUUAAGUAUGCGGGUCACGUGUUGGACAGUUAAUUUGUUUGUUAUUUGCGAAAUCAAAAUUUGUACAACAGCGUGCCUUCCAGUUCGUAUCAGAUAUUUCGGCGAUAGCUGGCAAACCUCAGUUUUAACCUAGCUAUCCGAGAAAUGAUUGAGAUAAACACAAAUAGAGGUAGUUAAUCGUGGCCAUUGUUUGCUUGACUUUGGUUGCAUAGUACAACUACAGUACUUUGUGUGCGAAUUUAUAAAAAUAAAGUCCUAUUUAAACCGUGACAAGCAGAAAAGGGUCUUUAAGAUUUUAAAUGUAUAACUCUAUGGUAUUAUAUUAAUUUGAUUUAUAAAUUUAAGCAUAUGCAUCAAUUACCUUAAAGUACAAAUGGACUUAACUCCUCAUAACACCAUGAGAACAGCAGUACUUUUCUCCGUCAUACGAAACUUAUGUUGUUGGUUCUUACUGUUUGUCUACGUGAUAUUGAAUGUAAGAGCCAUUUAAACUUGUCGCGGCUCAUUUCGGAUUGUUAUCUGAAGGAAACAUGCGUUCAGCAAAACAACUCUGGUCAUAAACCUUGCAUAGAUGAGUGUUUUCCUGUAAAUAGUGUUCCGGAGAAUAGAUUUAUGGUGGCCUGAACAUUUUAUUGAAAUAUUUCUUCCGGGAAACCUUAAUGCUUGCGGAGAUAAGAAUUUAUUAAAGUUAUGAGAGUUUUGUUAAGAAUUUUAUAAUAUUAAUUAAAACAAGUUCCGUGUUUACAUAGUUCAAUAGACAUGCUGCAUUUAAAGUCAGUUUUUUACUAGUACAUCAAUUUCAUAAUCAAAACUAACUGGAUUGAAAUGGCAGCAUAGGACAGCAAGCAUGAUGAGUACAGCAAAAAAAAAAUAAUGAAACAUAUGGCAUCAUUAACCGUGAACAGGUCGCUAAAAUAAACAAUAAAACUACAUGUCGUUAUCAGUACAGGAUAUCUAUAUCAAUCACCAGAAAUUACUGCACGAAGACACACAGAUGUAAGAGCAGUCUACCAUGAUACUUAUAAUAGUUCAAA